AUGAUCAUCAUGGUGUUGAUUUUCCUGUUUGUCAUUGGGUCAGCUGUGGUAUUGCAAGCAAAUUUAUGUCUGGAAAAAGAAAUUUUACUUCUCCCACCGGUAAACUUCACUAUUAUAGUAACUGGUUUAUCUAAAGUUCUUUUAAAAUGGAAACCAAAUCCUGAUCAGGACCCAAAGAUAAAUAGUGUAAAAUAUAAAGUGAGAAUUCAUACUCCAAAUGAGGAUGAUUAUGAAACUCAAAGGACCCAAAGCAGAAGUGUAAAUGUACUUCACCAGGGAUUUUCGGCAAGCGUGCAGACAAUUCUUCAUUGUGAUUCCAGUUUUUUCCAAAGUAGUUGGGUUUCAGCUGAGCUUCAAGCCCCUCCAGGAGCUCCUGGGACAUCAGUUGUGAAUCUGACUUGUGUCACUAACAUCUUGAGGAAUGAUGUGUCUCUUCAUUGCACCUGGUUGGUUGGCAAGAAAGCCCCAGAGGAUACUCAGUACUUCCUGUUCUACAGGUUUGACACACACACUGAAGAAUGCCAAGAAUAUAAAAAAGAUUCAUGGAAUAGAAAUAUAGCUUGCUGGUUUCCGGAGACUAUGAUAAACAGACAAGGGCGUGGACAGCUGGCAGUACAUGUUAAUGGCUCAAGCAAACAAAUUGCCAUCAAACCAUUGGAUCAGCUGUUUGACCUCCAUGCUAUUGAUCAAGUGAAUCCUCCAAUGAAUGUCACUGCAAAACUGGAAGGAAAUCGUCUGUAUAUACAAUGGGAGAAACCAGUUUCUGACUUUCCUAGGCAAUGUUUUGAUUAUGAAGUGAAUAUCUACAAUAUAAGAGAGGAUUAUUCAAAGAUACAGAAAAUUCAAGGACAUUCUUUCGACUUGGUAAUUGAUCCUACUUGUAAGCAUUCUUUAAAAAUAAGAGCUACGGUACAUUUCAGUUGUAGGAAGAAUGGACUUUGGAGUGAAUGGAGUCAACCUAUUUAUGUCGGAGAGGAUGAACCAAUCCACCUGACAGAAUGGCUUUUGUCCGUGCUCAUGGCCACUGCCUGCUUCCUUCUGUUGAGUCUCUUCUUCAUAUGUCGAAACUGCCAGGUAUGGACCAAAUUAUUUCCUCCCAUUCCAGCACCGAACAGGAAAGUUAAGGAUCUCUCCUUAAGCAACGUCUGUGAGAAAACCAGUUCCGGUGAAACAGAAAUUGAAGUCAUAAGUUAUGUGGAAGACCCUGGAUUAGACCAUUUGGAUGAUUCUGUAUUUUAA